GGUUGGUCGGAUGAAACACUCAAUGAUCACUUUGCACGCCAGCGCGCCUCAGCCGAUACUGCUGGACACGAAUUGAGUCUCAUAUGGUUCAAUCGAAUGAAAGACGUCUUGCGGGAAGUUGAUAAAGGAACAUACUGCAUCGAGUGGACCGGCCCACUCCAAUUCUUGGAUUUAGGGCGAGUGCCCAUAUCAUGCUGCCCUGGCGGUUUCACGUCGUACAUCCUGAACCAUCAUCCUCGUGCCACCGGUGUUGGAGUCUCCCUCGAGGAGGCUAAAGGAGGCCAUCCUUAUCUCCUUGAACAUCGCCUCAGGUCCAGAUUUACCUUACAUUCCGCCGACAUAUUAUCAUUCAACCUCGGAACUCAAUCACCGGAUGGCGAAGUCGAUCACCCGCCCAUCGCGGAAUACAAGAGGCACUUUGGGCUUGUAUUAGUUGACGGGCACUACCUACGUGCGCAGAGAGCAGCGCACCCUGACACGCCUUGGGAUCGUCACCGUGUUCUAAUCAGCCAGCUCAUCCUCGCGCUUCAGACGGUCAAGAUCGGUGGCACGCUCAUCGUGAAGAUGUCGCACCCCGAAGCUGUGCCGGUCGCGAAGCUCAUCCGCAUGCUCGACUUGCUUUCCCAAACCGUGCGUCUCUGGAAGCCUUGGUCCCUGCAUUCGACCCGAGGUUCGUUUUACGUCGUCGCCCAGGGCGUGGGCUUGGGCGAGCGCGGAGACCGCCUACAGCACUACGCGAGUCAGCUCAAGGAAGUCUGGCAGAAGCUGUAUUCCGGCGGAAAGCAAGGCCGGGGGCGGUUCAUGGUUGACUCCGAUUUCGACUUCGUGAUCACAAACGAGGAUGUGGUGGAAACGUACCUUCACCGCUUAGUCAAACUGGCCACGCCGGUAUGGCGGCGACAAGCUGUGGCUUUACAACAGUGGUUUAUCAAACACAACAUCACGUCGUAUGUGCUUACACCAUGA